GUCCGGUGGCACGGACCCACGGCUCCGAGUGGACACUCCUUGGGAAGAGUAGGGUAGCCUCUCUGAGUAGGGUGGGGAGACCAGCGCUGCCUCCGCCAUGCUCCGCGCACUGGCCCGGGCCGCGACUCUAGGACCCGGGGUACCCUGGGUGCGGUGGUCUGGGAGCCAGGCGGUGGUCUCGGCCCAAGUGGUGGACCUGCGCAGCGACACAGUGACCAGACCCGGGCCAGCCAUGAGCCGCGCCAUGGCCGAGGCGGUCGUGGGGGACGAUGACUACGGCGAGGACCCGACGGUCCGUGAGCUACAGGAAAAGACUGCAGAGCUUCUUGGGGUGGAGCGGACUCUGUUUGUGCCCACCAACACAAUGGCCAAUCUCAUCUCCGUGAUGGUUCACUGCCGGCGUCGGGGCUCCCAGCUCCUCCUUGGGCAGGAGUGCCACAUCCAGGUCUAUGAGCAGGGCGGGGUGGCUCAGCUUGCUGGGGUGCUGUCCCACCCACUUCCAGACCUGCCACAUGGCAUGCUGGACCUGACUGAACUGGAGAAGGUGCUUGCUCGGGGUCAUGGGAGCCCCUACCACCCAGUCUGUGAGCUCGUGUGCCUGGAGAAUACACACAACAGCUCCGGAGGCCGGGUCCUGCCCAUGGACUACCUCCACCAGGUGCACCUUCUGGCCAAGACCUACGGGGCCCGCAUCCACCUGGACGGGGCCCGGCUGAUGAAUGCAGCGGUAGCUCUACGUGUGCCCCCUGCCCGCAUCGUGGAGCAUUGUGACUCUGUGUCUUUGUGUUUCUCCAAGGGCCUGGGUGCUCCAGUGGGUGCUGUGGUUGGGGGACCCAAGGACUUCAUUGAAGAAGCCUGGCGUUUCCGGAAAGCCUUGGGCGGGGGCAUGCACCAGUCUGGAGUGCUGGCUGCAGCAGCCCUGCUGGGUCUGGCUGAUGCAGAGGAGGCCCUGCUGCAGGACCAUGGGAAUGCCCAGAGAUUCGCCAAAGGUCUCCAGGAGCUGGCGUCACCCUUCUGCUUCGUGGACCCUGCCACCGUGGAGACCAACAUGGUGCUAGUGAGGGUGAGUGGGCUGUCACCCUCGGAGCUGUGCCAGCGCCUGCAGGCUGUGAGCCCUGACGAGGUAGCACAGAUCGGCCAUGCUGUGCGGGUGCUGCUCUUUCCCUGGACAGAGCAGUCAGUGCGCGCCGUGUGGCACCGUGGCAUCUCCACCCACGACACUGACCUGGCCCUGAGGAAGUGGGAGCUCGUGCUGAGGCAGCUGGAGCCCUGAGGAUAGGGUGACAAGGGACCCUAUGCCCUGGAUAGAACUGAAACGGGAAAUGUUCCAAACCUCUGGCCCAGUAGCCUGCUAGAAGCAAAGGCCAACCUCUGGGGAAAGGUGACGCCAUCCAAAGCCUCAGAUUUCUCUACAGUGACUCAUAGAUGAUGUCUCCACUCCGUCAGAAAUAACCACGCAUAGGGUCAGACAAGAUGUGACCAGAAAUCAAGGGGGAGAACCAGACAAAGAGACCAGUAGGUGAUCAGGAUAACACGGUUAUUCGAUAUGGGCUUUAAAAUAAAAUAUUUAAGGAAUUACAAGGCAAGAUAAAAAAAA